ACUCAAAAAUUAACAUUCUGCCAUAAUUUACCUAUUUAAAUUAUUUGGCUGUGGGUUGCUUUUUUUCUUCAACUGCAUAUUUGCUUAUAUCUUUAAUGCUUGUCUGCCUGGUGUAAAGAGAGGCUCAGAGAUGACGUAUUUUUGUAUGCCAAACCCAGAAGCGAGUGAACAUUUAAGGACUUCCGGUUCCAUCGCUCCAAAGUAUUGGUAUUUUGAAUGGGUGAUUGGUAAAUCACCCACGACGUAAGGUCUGUGGUAAACAAAACAUCUAAAUAUUUUCACGUUAAUUUACAUAAAACACACUAAUUAUAACCAGCUUUUGUUGUUUUUAAAGCCUUAUUUUGUCUUAAAAACGGCAGUUGCUAACAAGUUGCUUAAAGCGUCUACUUCCUUUGGUGGCUGGAGACUUUAAUCGCCAUCGCGCAUAAAAAGCUUGCAAAUAAUGCAACAUGGGCACAAUUGGACAGAACAAUGUAAGUUGAACGGACAGAACAAUGUAAGUUGAACUUGUGUGUAUUCUUGGCUGUCAGGUGUCAGUUAUAGACACCACACCACGUGUCUGAGAUCAGGUAACACAUUGGUUUAACGCAUGCUCCGUUUGCACUGAACACAGCCGAAUUGUAGAUGAGAUGAGAUACAUGAGGUGGUUGUAGGAAACUGGCACCUGUGAGAACCUAAAAUAAAGAGUCAGUUUUGGAACCAAGACUUCUGGACAUUCUUCAGCUUGCCAUCAGGUGAGUGCAUUCCAGUUUUGAACAACGAAUCAAGUGUAUCGACGCAGAGAGUUUGCAUCCAUUGUGGCUUCAAAUACACAAUGCUUUAAAUGCACUAAUUUACUUACCCUAAUGCCAUUCUACAUAUGACAUCUGCAUAUGAGUAAGUGUCUCCAGGCAACAGAGGUCAGAGGAGCACAGCAAUAGGUGCUGUUGCCAAAACAAGAAAUAAACCUGGCGUAUAAAAGAACUGUAGUGCUGGUGUCGAUAUAACUGCAAUGACGUGAACUAAACUGAUCGAUCACCAUGGAUCACACAAGCUGUCUUAGAAGUCAAAACAGAGGCCCGUGCAACUUUAAUGGCAAACCAUGAGAAGUGUCUACCUUAUACUGAUGGUGACAGUCACUCAAGUUGAGCUGACAUUACUCUGCCCUUCUACCUGUGUGGUUUGUUCUGAAGAUGUCAUCAUCUGCCAUAAACUCUUAAAGAUCAUUGAUGCACCAGACACAACAAGGGCUUUGAUGCUAACUGAUGGACUCAUCAACUCUGUGGACAACAUUGCCCUCUCUGAAUUAUCCAACAUGAGUGUAUUAGCACUCAGCAACAAUGCCAUUUCCACCAUCAUGGAGAAUGCUUUUGGGAACCUCACAUUCCUCACAACACUUUCUUUGGACCACAACCACAUCUCCAGCCAAUCCCUGGACAACUCCACAUUUUCACAGUUGCAGAGACUGGAUACUCUUCAGCUGGGUAACAAUGAUCUAAAGUACAUUGAAGGCUCCUGGUUCCAGAACUCCGGAGCUUUAAAAACCCUUCAGUUAGAAGGGAACCUCCUCACCAGCCUCAACUCCAGCAUCUUUAUCCAGUCUGACCUGAGGAACCUGGAAACUUUGGAUUUAUCAGAUAACCUGAUAAUGUACUUGGAUCAGAAUAGCUUCCGAGGGUUACCUCGUCUCCGCAACCUCGAUCUGUCCAGAAACUAUUUACAAAAUUCCCCAGAUGCAUUCUCCUAUUUGUCAUGGCUCUCAAUGCUGAACCUUGAUUUUAACCGCUGGAGCUGCAAUUGUGAGUUGAGAGAACUCGCCUCAUUCCUCAACAGCUACAUUCAGACUCCAGAUAAAGUGUUGUACAAUGGGCAGCGGAUGGUGUGUGUGAAUACGGAUAACCCAGCAGUGCAGACCGUGCUAGAGCUGACCGAAGCCAACUGUGUCCCACCAAACCAAAACAUCACAGUGAAGGUCGUAGCAAAAUGCAAUAUCAGUCCUCAGCAAUAUGUUCAAAAUGUUGCUAUUGCUAUUGUGUUUUCAUUUUUGGGUGGUGUUUGUGUUACUCUGGGAAUAAUUGCCACAGUUUACCACAAACUCAGUAAGAAAUCCACAAGAGUGCAGGAGGAAAAUAAAACUGAGGAAGGGAAAAUGUCAAGCCCAGAGUUAACCCAGUGGAAAUUUUCUGAAGGCAAAGACACUCUAUCUAUGAGCCAUGCUCUGUACAACAGAAACUACAAAUCCCAUCAGCCCCAGGAGGGAGAAGACUCCACUUAUCAUAUGGGGCCAGAACCACUGGAGGAUCUUUUCACCUGUCACAGAUGCACCUCAACAGCUCUAGCCGUCAGAAAGCAACGAAGAGAGAUUGUCCUGCAGAGAACCAAUCACAUGGGGGAACAACAUGAGAGAGAUGAUGAUUGGCCAGCCUGUGUGGCUAGUCACCAAAGUAAAUGCAAUGAUCAACAUUCUGUGUUGCAACAAAGGAUCAAAGACAAAAGUAUACAAAGACAAAUCGAGGGGCGGCUUGGAAUACCGAGCACCCACAAUUUGGGCAGUCAGGAUACUUCUUCCCAACGUCGUGGGGGUUCAAACGACGUCUCAGCUGUCCGAAUACAACAGCUGGCCCUAAAUAAUCAUUUCUCAGCCCAUCAGAGAGGCCCAUUUAGACCCACAGACCAAAUACACAAUAACUCGCUCAUAAACCGGCAGGCUCUGGACGUUGGCGCUCAGCCAGUUUACAGAACCACCAGCUGUCUGCACUGUCAUCAAACUUAUGAAUAUAAGCAAGCUGGAAGCAAUACCCAGAGUUUUCCGUUCCAAAAUCACAGACAUCAACAUGGAGAAAAACUGUAUGACACAAUGCUAUACAGAGACAUCUUGGGAUAUAACUCCAAUGUUGGGGAAUGUGGUGAGAGUCAAUCCAGUGAGCUUGGUUUCAAGUUAGCCUCUCAAAGGAGUGUUAGCUUUGAUCUGUCAGGAUCUGAAGAACGUGUCCUCACCACACCAGCUGACAGACCCAAAGGGGAGAGUAGGAGAAAAAGCUCUAAAACAUCUGCAGAGAAGAGAGACCGAAAAUUGGUUAAGACUAAAAGCAGCACGCACGGGCAUUUAAAACCCAACAAAUCCAGAACAAAAGCCAAGAAGACGCUGAAGGUCAAAUUAAACUUGAACCCUCUUCGAAAAAACAGGGUUCAUCCCAAGUCUGGUGGUCAGGAAGUGAACGAGGAAGAUGAGAAGAUUUUCAAAAAGGCCCAGAAGGAAAAACUGAGAGGUAAAAAAGAUCUCAAGCAAAAAUCCAAAAAUGAGAAACCCAUCAAGAAAUCCAAAAAGAACACAGAUGGCCCAGAAGAUGAGGAAGAGGAAGAUGCUGCAGACCAGGAUACAUCAACCUUGAUGAAGCAUGCUAAAAAAGCAAAACACUCUAAGAAAGAAAGCAAGAUUUCAAGGUCUAAUUCUAAGGAUUUUGUUGAUGUUGCAAAAGAAAGUUUUCAAAAUGUUGAUAAUUCAGAAAAUGUUGUUCCUGUUGAAGGGGAAACUUUGCUAACUGACAGUUUGUUAGGGAGUCUGGUCAGCAGUACCCUACAGAGCUCAAUGCUAUUAACCCUCAACACUGAAGAUGUAACCAACACUCAGCAGCUAAAUAGACCAGGUUUGACACUUUCUGUUAGUGCCUUGGAUGAAUCCACCGGUCCACAGUAUACGGUUGAUCAGACCAGCAGCUUGGAUCUGAGUUCUGCUGCACCUGUUAUCCAAGAAUAUGUCUCUUCAGCUGAAGGGUCACCAAAGAGAAAGAUAAGACUCAUAAUACCUGAAAAAAUGUCCAAUAGGCCUCCAUCAGCUCUUGAUAAGAAAAUCAGAUGAC